ACUACACCCACAUGAAGGUAUCCCUAUUGACCAAUCCAGAGUGGCCAAAUCAAACUGCGAGUAUUUACCAACUGUUGAAUGGCUUUGAGUUUCAGAGAAGAGUAACCACCAUCCGACUGGCUGUUCGGUGUUUUGUUUGCUCGAUCUGUGAAUAGUUUUAAUGAUGGCAGCUAAAAUUCUUUUUGGAGUUUUGAUGGCCUUGUCAGUUAUUCAGUCUUUUGGGUCACCAUUAACUACUAGUUUUGUGUUGUGUGAUUAUUUUGGUGGAAUAUGUGGAAAUAGUUGUGCUUUGUUUUAUUGGCAUCGUUUUAACAUAUCUCUAUGUCCCACACCAGGUCAUUUAUGUUGUACACAACAACCAGACAAUCAUGUGGAACAGACUGAUACCCUGCCAGAAACCAAUGACUCAAAUUCACCUGUUUUACCGGAUAUUCCAAUGAAAGAUGAAGCUCCGCGAAACACAUCUUCUCCAACUCACCUUCAAGAGCAAUGUGGCAAUACUCCGCCUAUACAUCGCCGUAAACGGGUUGUUGGUGGAACUGUGGCCAACACGGAUGCAUGGCCUUGGAUGGUGGCGCUGAGAUCAGUUCUUGGUGCUCACGCAUGUGCUGGAGCUGUUAUCGGAAGUCGUUGGGUUUUAACAGCAGCUCAUUGUUUCAGAUAUUUUUCCCAACCAGAAUAUUGGAGAGUAAGAACAGGGGAAUACAAUCUUUUACAGUUUGAAGAGUCAGAAAGAGAUAUUCCGAUAUCGCAGAUAUUCGUUUUUCCGAACUACACAUCGAAUGAUCCCGGUGUCAACAGGGAGAAUUCAACGUUACAUGCGCGUUACGCCCAUGAUCUGGCUUUGAUAAAACUCAGUGAAGAUGCUGAAGUUGUUCCCCUUUGUUUAGCAGGUGAAGCCCAAGCACUACCAGUCACCGAGGAAGAUCCAUCAGGGUUUAGAAUGGCAGCGGUUGAAGCCAAAGGAGAUUGUUGGGUAACAGGUUGGGGAACUACAUUAGAUCACAAUGAAGAUCAAGUAAUGAGACAAGUUCAUUCGAAUGUUGUUGAUCAUGAAAGAUGUGGAGAUAUGUGGCAGACCACCUUAGAGGAAGAUAUGGUCUGUUUUGGGGAUGGUAUCCGAGGACCUUGUGCUGGUGAUUCUGGAGGCCCACUGGCCUGUCGAAUGGAUGGCAAAUUCUUUAUUGUUGGCGUAGUCUCCUGGGGAGCAGAAAAUUGCAACAUGAAUGGAUAUCCAAGUGUGUUUGCGAGAGUUCUGUCUCAUAUGGAUUGGAUUGAAGCUACGAUGAACGGCAGUCGGUUAUAGUUAUUUUGAUGUGAACACAUUUCAUUUGAAUAUAGUAUAUUGACAACUAUGAUAACAAUCACUUACACGUCAUACGCAUAAUAUCACUAAGUGUAUAUAUUGGACUCAAAAUAGAGUGCAUAACUAAGGGAGUCGUUUUGAAUUUGAAGAGUUACAUCCCUUUGAAUUUUUUGAGUACGAUUAUUAAGUAAAAAUUUUCAACGGAUAUUAAUGGUUGACUUUUCGGAAACGAGAGAGAGAGAGAGAAAUGGGGUUUAACGUCCACUCGACACAAACUAGGUCAUUUCGGGACUAACACAUGGUUCAAUUUUAUUUCAAUAAUUCGCUUGCGCGUAGGGGUCUUUAGCAGUGGGAGGAAACCGGAGGACCCGGAGAAAACCCAUGAGGAUGGACAGGCGACCCUACUCCUUGCCACGUACAACCGGGGAAUCGAAACCCCGCCAGUUGACUCAAUGACAGACCGUAUGAUACAGCGCGCGCGUGCUAACCAUUCGGCCAUCCAACCCCCCCCCCCCCUUUAGGAAACGAAAUUAAAUCGGGUUUUACGCUCUGAUUUUCCGUACCGACCGGGCCAAUGAAGAUCCUACGGCUGGUCGAAUUUCAACUCAGAUGAGUUCUUUUACGUGUACGCCCACGUAUAGUCUACACGUGCCGUUAGUUUUUCGUCCCACCCGAAUGACAAGACGCUGACACAUGGCCCUUUGUACUGCAUCACUGAAAAGGGGAACCAGCCUGGAAAAUCCCACAAACACGGGGAUUGUACACUUGAACCCCUGGUUAAUGGGCUCUAUCUACUGAUCCACCACCACCACCAGAAAAUGGCUGACAAAAUCAACUCCGCUCUUUUCAAAAGACAUUGACAAUCUUUACUCAUAGUGACAAGAUGAUAGGGUAUGAAAUGUAUAGCACGUCUUUUAAUUAAAAACUGUUAUUUUCUUACUGAAGUAUUGUAAUAUUGGACCCGUUACACAUCGGAGUGGGACUGGAACCUCUAUUCACAGGAAAACAGGAUUCUUUUCAGUUAUAAUAGGUUUAAUAUAAGGAACAUAACGUAAGUAGAGAGUACAAUGUACUAUAUCAUAAUGGCCCAGGUACUGUACGCUGUAUAACCACAGGACUAGAAUAGGAGGUCAGCUCCCCUAAAGGCGUUCAGUGGUCACGCGAGUCACCGUUAUCUCAGGUCCUUAACCUUCACAGCAACAGGACCGCCUCUACUUUCUACCCCUCACAGCAGCUGGACCACUAGACAUCGCACCCCUCAAAGUAACGUAAACCCCUAGGACGCUGUACUUCUUUCAACAUCUGAACCCCCUAGACAUUGUACCUCUCACAGCAUCUGGUCACCUAAACUUUGUUCCCUUGGCGUCAUCUGAACCCCUACACUAUGUCGAGGGCCUGACAAAGACAGCUGUCUAGUCGUUCGGAUGGGACGAAAAACCGAGGUCCCGUGUACACAUUGGCGUGCACGUGAAAGAUCCCUUGGCAGUUGGAAUUCGAUAUAAGAGUAGGCCGUAGCGCCGCUGCCCGGGCAAAAUUUCACUCAUAGCACACUGUAUGGCGUAUGCCUGUCUUCAUUAGCCCAGGUUAGGAGCAGAACAGUAGGACGUUAAACCCCAUUUCAUUUCAUUUCAUUUCCCUACACUAUGCACCCCUAACAGCAUCUGAACCCCCUAAACUUAUUACCCCUCAACAAAACACAGACGUUAGAGUACAGAUUAUUUAUUAAACUACAGUAUACGUGUACAUAUCAAAAACAUACA